UGGACUGUCAUUAGGCGUUGUAUAAGCGGGAAUGUUGACUGCUGAGGAUUGACGUAAGAAGAGCGAAGGAACAAUUGUUUCUGAACUUACGUGUUACAGUUAAUAAAACUGAAGAAAUGACCAGAAAACAAAAGAAUCUAGAAGAAUCGGAACAUAUGGAUGUAGAUAAUGACACUGAAGAAGAUGAAGAGGAGGAAGGAGGUGUCAGGAUUGGAGACAUAUAUAUUGCUCCACCACCACCACCUGCUUGUACCUUUGAUUCUACAGGACCAAGAUUAAUAAUUACCCAUAUUGAAAAUUUCAACUUUAAAUCAUAUGCAGGGAAACAAGUAUUAGGACCAUUUCACAAAAGUUUCACAUCAAUUGUUGGUCCAAAUGGAAGUGGAAAGUCCAAUGUUAUAGACUCAAUGCUUUUUGUAUUUGGAUACCGUGCUCAACGGAUAAGAUCCAAGAAGAUCAGUGUUCUCAUUCAUAAUAGUGAGAAUCAUUCUAACAUUGACAGUUGUUGUGUCAAAGUUCAUUUUCAAGAGAUAAUUGACAAGCCUGAAGAUGGAUUUGAAAUUGUACCCAACUCUCAGUUUGUUGUUUCUCGUACUGCCUACAAAGACAACUCAUCUUGGUAUGCCAUCAAUGAAAGACGGGUUCCUUUCAAACAAAUUGCUUUAUUGCUUAGAUCUCAUGGAAUUGAUCUAGACCACAACAGGUUUUUGAUUUUACAGGGAGAAGUUGAACAAAUUGCAAUGAUGAAACCAAAAGGUCAGACUGAGCAUGAUACUGGUAUGUUGGAAUUCUUAGAAGAUAUUAUUGGAUGCAGCCGUUUCAAAAAGCCCAUAGAAAUCUUAUCACAGCGUGUGGAAGAACUAAAUGAACAAAGAGCAGAAAAGUUGAAUCGUGUUAAAGCUGUUGAAAAAGAGAAGGAUGAACUUGAGGGAGCCAAAAAUGAAGCUGUUGACUAUCUGAAACUAGAAAAUGAAAUUACUUCUAAAAAGAAUGUCCUCUUUCAAAGAUACAAAUAUGAGUCAGAACAGCAAGAACAGGAAGCUAUCAAGAAGAGGGAUGAAAUUCUGGAAGGAAUGAAAGAAGUAAAUGAUGCAUUAGAUGAACUAAAGAAACAGAAACAAGCAAAGGAGAAAGAGUGUAAAAAAGUGAAUAGUGCUUUUGAGCAGAAAGCUAAAACAGUGGAAGAGAAAAAAGAAGAGUAUGGAUCACUUGAAAGAGAAGAUUUACACUGCAGAGAAAGUUUGAAACAUGCAAAAUCAAAAGCCAAAAGAUUGACAAAAAUGUUGGAAACUGAAAAAGAAAAGCUCGAACAGCUUAAAUCACAACCAAAGAAACUUGAAGAAGAAGUUGAAAAUUUAAAAAGAAAGAAAGAAAAACUUGAAGGUGAUAAACAGCAAGAAGAGGAAAAGUUAGCUAAGGUCAUGGCAAGCCUGAACAAAGAAACCCAAGGACUUCAGGAGGAAAAAGAAAAAUUUGAGACGGAUCUUAUGGAACUUCAGAAAGCAGUGAAUGAAACUAAAUCAAAGAUGGACAUUGCCCAGUCGGAACUUGACCUGUACCUUAGUACUGAAAAGACAGAGAAAAAGAAACUACAAGAAAUUACCAGAAACCGUGAGAACACCAUAAAGUUACUUAAAGAAAGACAGAGUUCUCUUCAAGAACUGGAAAGUAGAAUUCCAGAAUGUGAGAAAGCUCUUCAUGCAGUUGAAACAGAACUCCAUCAUGUAAUGGCUGAAGAGGCAAGAAUAUCAGCAGAGUACAAAUUAAAGAGGAUGAAGGUCGAAGAAAGUAAAAGUGCCAUGCAGGCAUCUAAAAGCAGGGGAAGAGUGAUACAGGCUCUGAUGCAACAAAAAGAGAAAGGCAUUUUGCCAGGAAUAUUUGGUAGACUGGGUGACCUAGGUGGAAUUAGUGAAAAAUAUGAUGUUGCUAUUUCUACAGCUUGUGGACCGUUAGAUAACAUUGUCACUGACUCUUUAACUACUGCUCAGAAAUGUGUUGAGUUUUUGAAGAAAAAUGAUAUUGGAGUUGCAACCUUCAUAGCUCUUGACAAAAUGGAGAGAUGGAUUCCUUACACAAAGCAAAAGAUCCAAACUCCUGAGAAUGUUCCUAGACUUUUUGAUUUGAUUGAAGUGAAAGACACCCGAGUUUUGCCUGCUUUUUAUUUUGCUUUACGUGAUACACUGGUUGCAAACAACUUAGAACAGGCAACUCGUAUUGGUCUGCAAGGAAAGAAAAGACACAGAGUAGUGACAUUAAAAGGAGAACUCAUUGAUUUAUCAGGAACCAUGAGUGGUGGUGGUGGAAAAGCUGCUUCUGGAAGAAUGGGAACUGCUGCUGUCAAUUCAGACAUUACUCCUGAUGAACUUACAGCUAUGAUUACUAAACUAGAAGAGAUGAGAAAGAUAACUGAAGAUCUUAAGGAAAGGAAGAUAAUGCUGGAAGAGAAGAUGGAACAACUAAACAAAGAACUUGUUGCAUUACGCCAUUCUGAACAAAAGCAUAGACUGGAGGUAGAGGCACUCUCAACCCAGGAACGUUCACUUACCCAGCAGGAAAAAGAACAGCAAGAGCGUGUUAAAACCUCUGCCCCAGAUAAAAAUCAGAUGAAGAAACUGGAGAAGGUUGUGGUAGAGGCUACAAGUGGAUACAAGAAAUCAGCAAAUGCUGCAUCCCUGGUUGAAGAAAAAGUUCAAAAAAUACACAAUCAAAUACUUGAAAUAACUGAAGGGAAGAUAGGUGAAUCACAGAAGAAAGUAGACUCUCUCAGUAAUCAGGUUGAUGGUGUGUCUUCAGCCAUAACAAAAGCUAAUGUUGCAGUGAAAACAGCUAUCCGAAACAUCAAAAAAGGAGAAGAGAAAGUUACAAGUUUGGAGAAAGAAACUGUAGAAAAUACUGAUGAUUUGGAAAAGUUGAAGAAAGAGCUAGAAAAUCUGGAAGUGAAGGCCCAGAAAGUCAUGGAUGAUUUGGAUGCAUCUGACAAAGAAAAAGAGAAACUUGAGAAAGAACUUCAAGAAAUGUUGCAAGAAAUCAAUGUAAUUAAAGAAAAAGAAAAUAAACUAAACAGUGACCACAUUGAAGUCAAGAAUGAGUUGGAUAAAUGUACUGCUAAAGUUCGAGAUAAUGUCAAUAAAAUCAAGCACUGGGAAAGUCAGCUUGCUAAGUUGGCUCUUCAGGAAAUUGAUGGUGAAACUACAGAACCCCUUAGUACACUCUCACCUGAAAACUUGGAGAAAGUAGAUACUGAGACAUCUCAAUAUGAAAUAACAGUUCUUGAAGAACGACUUCAAAACUUGAAGCCUAACAUGGCUGCUAUUGCAGAAUACAAGAAAAAAGAAGCUCUCUACCUAGAAAGAGUGGCAGAACUAGAUGCGGUUACAGAACUACGGGAUACUCAGCGCAGGCACCAUGAUGACCUGCGGAAACAGCGUCUAAAUGAUUUUAUGACUGGUUUUUCUAUCAUCACCACCAAGCUGAAGGAAAUGUACCAAAUGAUAACUUUAGGGGGAGAUGCGGAACUUGAACUUGUUGAUUCACUGGAUCCAUUCUCAGAGGGUAUUGUUUUCAGCGUUCGUCCUCCAAAAAAAUCUUGGAAGAACAUUUCCAACUUGUCUGGUGGUGAGAAAACGCUCAGUUCCCUUGCUUUAGUUUUUGCCCUUCACUAUUACAAGCCCACUCCUUUAUAUGUCAUGGAUGAAAUUGAUGCUGCACUGGACUUUAAAAAUGUCUCCAUUGUGGCACACUAUAUAAAGGAACGAACCAAAAAUGCUCAAUUUAUUAUCAUCUCUCUGAGAAACAACAUGUUUGAACUAGCAGACAGACUUGUAGGAAUUUACAAGACUUAUAAUUGUACCAAAUCUGUCACCAUUAAUCCUGCAGAAAUUGGAAAACCCAAUACUAAUGAAGGAACUGAGAAGCCAGUCAGUGAGAAAGUAAUAGAAUAAUUGUUUAGCUGGGUGAACUGUAGAACUUGUGUUGUUCUUCUCUUACGACAUUCACAAUUGUCUAAUUAAAAUUAGAAUAUGUACAAUCUUUCAUUUAUGAAUUAUUGAAAAAAUUCAAAUCUGUUCAUUCAAUGUAUUUAAUAAUAGUUUAGCCAUCUUGUAGAUACCACUAUGUAAAAAAAUGUUUUUUGGGCAUGAGUAUUAUUAUUAUUAUAAGUAUGAAAAACUAUUCAGACCUGUAUUAUCUUGUAACAAAAUUUAAGCAUUUUAUAAGAAAUGGUAAUAGAAAUAAAAAAAUAUUAAUUUUU